AUGGAAAGCAACUUGUCAAUCAAUCAAUCAAACCAUCCUCUGGCGUCCAUCACCUUCAUCCUGUGUCAUCUUGUUGAUCUCUUGCCACUAACAUUCCAAUGGGAAGCAACUUGUCAAUCAUGUUCUGACAUCCUUUGGGGAGUGACUGACAGGUUUGAUGAUGUCAUACUAACUGUAGGCAGUGGUGGAACAGCAGCUGGUGUUGCUAUUGGGAACUUCCUUACUGGAUCCCAUCUCAGGGUGCAUGCCUUUGCUGUGUGUGACACUGCGGAAUAUUUUCAGGACUAGGAUACGGCAUUUCAAAACCAGAGGAAUUGGAAUUCAUUAAAACAUUAGCCCAGCAGACUAGUAUUUUGCUUGACCACACAUACACUGGUAAAUCAGCACAAGCACUGACCAACGAGCUCAGGAAACACAGGUCAAAGUUCAAAGGCAGCCGAAUACUCUUUCUACAUUCAGGUGGAAUAUUUAGCAUGUUUGAUGGGCGGCUAGGAGAUGUUCUAAUGCAGUCAGCUGGAGAAACACUGGUACAGAACUGGAUGAACCCUGAAGAUGAACCAACUAUUGUAUGAUGAUACAUUAAUCAUACAAUAGUUGUUUUAUGAUACAUUCAUGAGGCUACGCUUCAUGAAUAUCUUGUACCGCUGGAGUAUGAUACACAUAUGAGGGCAGGCUUCAUGCAUAUUUUAUUUAAAAAAAAACCAGUUUAUUGCACAUGCUAUUGAUUCUGCACUAUAAGAUUGCAAUGCAUAUCGUGUAACACUGGAGUAUACAUGUUGAUGGAUCUACACACAUGAGGGCAGGCUUCAUGAAAUAUUGCUCAAUUAAUUGGAUGCAAAUCUUAAUAUGCUUCAAAUAGACUUGGAUGAAUAGUGUGCAGUCAAGGUGGCUGCACCAACGCUCAGUAAACAUUUUAAAUAUCAUUUGAUUUGCGUUAGGUGUUUAAUAUUUAACCUGUAAGCUGGGGUAGAGAUUGGGUGCAAGAACAGGGCGUGUCCACACGCCAGCGAGCCAUGUGUCAAACAAC